UUUCAGUCAGCUUUGCGACGCAGCAGCCGCGGUCAGCGCUAGAGAAAAUACAGGAUAGAGACUUUCUGGCAGUUUCAGGUGUAAAAUGCGUAGUCGCACCGAACUGGUGACCACCACGUUUGAUUUGGACUCCGACGAGGAGGAUUACAGUCCCGACGACGAUGACUCCGAGGAGGACUGGCGGCCCAACAAGAAGCGCCAACAGAAACAGUCACGUGCCAAUGGCAACAGCAGCAGCGGCGGCGGCGAUGCUGGCGGCGUAGGACGCAAGCGCAAGGCUGCCUCAUCGGCUGCAUCCAAAACCAAGAGACGUGCCACUGUGCCUAAGGUAAGCGAUGAGGACUUUGAGUCCGUCGAUGAGGAUGACGAUGAGCUGGACACGGAUCCAAGCGAUGACGAUUUCGAUAAUCCCGGCGCGGCAAGCACUUCCACGUCCAAACGAAUGCAGAGUCUGCCGCCCAAGAAGCAGUUCGUUAAAUUGACCCAACUGGAUUUGUUGCUUAAUAAGCGGGAUCUAAUGGACAAGGAUUGGCUGCAGAACAGUCGACUGUGCCUUUGGCGCAAGGAUGAGCAAACGAAUCUAUUGCAGAAAUAUUUGCGCGUCAAAACGUCACAGGAUGCGGCCAAGCCGCAGGAGCAACAGCUGCUCUUUACUUCCAGCUCCGUGUAUUCAAGCUGGGAUGAGCAACACAUUCGUGAUUUCAUAGAUGUCAAAGUCAAUUGCUUGGAUCCUAACAAUAGGCGAAUAGAGUUAGAUGAUAUAGAGGCUAUUAAAAAUCUAUCUGCAGAGCUACAGGCGGAAAAUGAACAAUGUCAAAGCGCCGCGGACAAUGAUGCGAGUGACAAUAAUGAUGGCACAGGUGAUCCGGAGCCGGGCUCUGACAAAGACCAGGAUGAAAACGAGGAGGAUGAUUCAUAAAUUGAAACACUAUUAA